CCUUGCGGUGUCACAGUUCCGAUGAAAUGUAUUUACAAGCAAAAGUAAUGAAAUGGGGAGAGGCAAUUUUCCGCAGCAUAUUGGUCAACCUGCAAUGGCUAUAGCAGGGACAGUGCAUCGUUAAACUUUCAGCCAAGGAUAUCACAACGCUGCUAAUUUUCUCAUGAUGCAGUUCUCUCUUUGCUGUGGACCGUGUCACGUUGUCGCAGUUCGUACAAGUGAUAUAUAGGCUUGCGCCGAUUCCAUUCCUCUACAGAAUCUAUUUUUCCUAAACUUCAGUCCCGAUAGAGACGACUGAGGGGGACUUCUGUUGGUGUUUCGGCACCUACAACACGAAGUGAGGUGGUGGCCAGCUGGAGCUUCCAGGAAUGAUGGGGCCAACCCACCGCAGCAGGCCCCCUCGCUGCACCUGACCUGGGUCACCUGACCUGAGUCACCUGACCCAGAAUGGAGCUCAAGGUUUGGGUGGACGGGGUCCAGAGGGUCGUAUGCGGGGUCACCGAGGUAACCACCUGCCAGGAAGUGGUCAUCGCUCUGGCCCAGGCCAUAGGCCGCACUGGGCGCUAUACCCUGGUGGAGCAAUGGCGAGACACAGAGCGCCACUUGGCCCCCCACGAGAGCCCAGUGGCCUCCAUCAACACCUGGGGUCAGUAUGCCGGUGAUGUCCAGCUGAUCCUGCACCGCACAGGCCCCUCCCUGACUGAACGCCCCCCUUCCGAGGGGCCCCCGCUUCGAGGCCCGGAACGCGGUCUCCACCGGCAGAGCCUCCCCCCACUUGCCAAGCUCCACCACCCCAGUGAGCGCUCCCUCCGCCGCCGUGAGCCGCGCCGGAAGUCCCUCACCUUCUCCGGGAGGCCCCGGGGCCUCCGGGACAUCCUGAGUGGAGGCCGGGCUUGGGAGGAGAGGGAGGCCGAGGCCAAACGACGUCUCCUACUCCAGGGGAACGGUGGGAACCAGAACCACCACCACCAUGUAGCAGCCGAAGCGGUAGCCCCAGGGAGGGCAGUGUCCCCCGGCAUGUGGGCCUGCCGCAUGGAUGACUUGGUCAGACUGGUGGGGCUCCAGAGAGAGACUUUGGGUGUGCUGGAGAACAGGCUGGAGGCCUAUGAGGCUGAGCUGCAGACCUGGGGUGGGGGUGGGGGAGGGGGAGAAGGAGAAGGAGGGGGAGAGGAGGCAAGAGGAGCGGGAGGGCUGGUGGAGGAGAUAGUGAGGCUGGAGAGACGACUGAGGAAGAACGAGGUGGAGAUGGAGGAGGAGGAGUUCUGGGCCAGCGAGCUGCAGAUUGAGCUGGAGAGCGAGAGGCAGCUAGAGGACAAGCUUGAGGAGCUAACGGGACGUCUGCAGGGCGCUAAAAUCGACCUGGGGGACAGGAUGGUUCUGGUACAGGGUGUGGAAGCGGGUCUCGAGGAGGAGCGUCUGCGGUGGGAAAGACAGGAGACUCAGAGGGUGAGCGAGGUGGAGGCCAGGGCGCAGUUGCUUAGGGCCCGCACGGAACUCAAGACACAGGACAGACAAGCCGUCCAGCUAGAGAGCAGCUGCAGAGCCGUGGACAGGUCCCUGAGCCAGAGUAGCAAGAGAAUGCAGGACAUGCAGCAUGAGCUGGAGCAGCUGACCAAGGAGCUGAGACAGGUCAACCUGCAGCAGUUCAUCCAGCAGACUGGCACCAAGGUCACCGUGCUGCCAGCCGAGCCCAGUGAGGAUGAGGAGGAGACUACCCACACCGGACAGGGCACAGACUUGGUUCCUCUGUCCAGUUCCCUGAAGCGUCCAGUCUCCUCGAUGCCCGGUCACCUUCGGGUCCUGCAAAGCCCGCUGACAUCUGGCUUGAACCCAGAAGGGAUCUACGUGUAAGAGGACACAGAGGGGGAUAUCUAUGUUCCAUGCCAGCUGGCCCCCUCACUACCAACCUAAAGGUAGCCUGCUUGGUAGUCAGGUCCCAAAACGGUUGUCUUUAGCCAACUCCUUUCCUAUUCACUCCUAGUCAGGAGUUGGUUAUAUACAGAUCUGGGAUAAGACUAGCUCAAGGAUGUAAUAGCAUGAUACUUCAGUAACACUCUCCUGUCAUGGAUAAAGGACCUACACUUACACAGAGGAUAUGGCUAGAGGCCAUUGUGUACAAGCACUCCUAGUCUCCCACAUGGGACAACACAUGAUGAUUGCUCCAACGAUGAAGGGAAGACUAUGGGUAACCUACCUGACUGCAGGAUGGGGCACUUAGCUUGGAUGAACAGUGUAGAAAACAUCAGGAACACCUGCUCUUUCCAUGACAUAGACUGAUCAGGUGAAUCCAGGUGAAAGCUAUGACCCCUUAUUGAUGUCACUUGUUAAAUCCACUUCAAUUAGUGUAGAUGAAGGGGAGGAGACGGGUUAAAGAAGGAUUUUUAAUCCUUGAGACAAUUGAGACAUGGAUUGUGUAUGUGUCCCAUUCACAGGGUGAAUGGGCAAGAUAAAAGAUGUAAGUGCCUUUGAACGGAACGGUCUACAGUAGUAGGUGCCAGGCGCACCGGUUUGGGCAUGUCAGGAACUGCAAUGUUGCUGGGUUUUUCACGCUGAACAGUUUCCAGUCUGUAUCAAGAAUCGUCCACAACCCAAAUGACAUCCAGCCAACUUGACACAACUAUGGGAAGCAUUGGAGUCAACAUGGGCCACAUCUUGUAGAGUCCAGGCCCUGACGAAUUUAGGCUGUUCUGAGGGCAAAAGGGGUGCAACUCAAUGUUAGUAAGGUGUUCCUAAUGUUUGGUACACUCGAUGUAGUUGAAAUAGACAAUAUAGCAACAGACAUAAGAACCAUGUGUCAUAGCCCAAAUGGUUGCCUAUCUAUGGAAACCUUGUGACUAAAAGUGAUGCGUAAUUAUCAUCAUCAUCAUCAUCGCCAUUAUCAUCAUCAUUAUCAUCACCGUUUUCAUCCCUUUAAAGUGCAAUUACUUUAUUUUUCAUUUAAAUGAAUUAAGCUGUAAUGUAGCUACAUUUGGACUGCAUUGAGUCAUGGAUGAGAUGUCGAUACGGUGGCCCUAUGGGGCAAAGUAGCUUUUCAUGGAUUUCUGUUUCUGAAGCAUUUACACUGUGUAUUUAUCACAUCAAACUUUGACCCUCAGCUCACAUCAACCAACAUGCAGACUGUUUCUGCUCUGUUCUGAUUUUCAUUAUACACUAGGUACAGUACAACAUACAACCAGUGGUUCAAGGUUUUAUUACUGAAGAAAGGAUAGAUGGUAACCUAUGUGUCCAUAAGUGUUAAUAUGUCAAUUAUUGUCAAUAAAUUGAUAUGUCA